GCAGCGGGGAGGCGACGUGUCACGUGACCUGCCGCGCUGCCCAUCGGGAAAGCUGCUGCCUUGAGCCUGCGCACCCACGCUGGCCUCUUCCCGCGUUUUAGCUGACGAGGAAGGUGCCCCCACGGAACGCUCUUUCCUCCAGAAUAUUAUGGCAAGUAACCCUGUAAAACCUGAUACUAGAAAUUGCAAGAGACAGAGAGAGUUGGAGCCUCAAAUGCCAGAUAGUCCACAACUGUCCUCUCUUGGAAAAUCAGAUACUUCUUUCUCUGAAAGCUCUGGAUUAUUUUAUAAGGAUGAAGCCCUGGAGAAAGAUUUGAAUGAUAUGAGCAAGGAAAUUAAUCUCAUGUUGUCUACAUAUGCAAAGAUCUUAAGUGAGAGAGCAGCAGUAGAUGCAUCUUAUAUUGACGAGAUAGACGGACUCUUCAAAGAAGCCAAUACUAUUGAAAACUUUCUGAUACAGAAAAGAGAGCUCCUGAGACAGAGGUUUACAGUGAUUGCAAACACACUGCACAGAUAAAAUUGUGUACUUAAAAUAAGCUGAGAAUUUAAGCUCAUUAUUGUUGUAAUGAAAGAAUGACAUUUGUGCUCUGAAUGCUCUCUGGUUCUUAAGAAAAUGUGUACCUUAAAUAUACAGAAACUCUUUAAAUUUCUUUUCUAGAUUUUAAAGGGGCUUUAAGCUGGACACUAAUAUGAAGUAUGUAGCUUUUUUUUUGAGAGUCAAAUAUUUAGUGUGUUUUAAAACGUGUACAUUAUUUAAAUUAUAUGGAUUCUUUUUUCCUUAAACUUCCUAACCUUUCUUAAAUUUCUAAAAUAAGACUCAUUGAGUUAAUUUGAUAAUAUUUAACAAUAUUAUACUUUUCUUUUUGAAUAUUUUUUUUAAAUGGCAGAUAGCUUUGGAGAUAGUUAUGUUUUUCGUGGUCAAUAUUGAAAAAAAGCCCCUAAAACCCCAAAGUAAUUGGUCCAGUUUCUCAAUAUGUAGUUAAAUUGUACUAUUCCUAUUUAGUAUAACCACUUGAUUAUUUUCACUAUUAUUAUUAUUAUACAUCACUAAUAAAAAUUUGGUUUAAAAUUAUUGUCGUGUGGUAAAAUAAAAACCAGAAAUUACUAACUA